UCGCUGGGAUUACCGCCGCCGCCAUUUUGAAUUCGCUGGUGGUCAGUGGCUGCUGUGGCUAAGAGCGCCUCCGUGACCCGCUGAGAGCGCCCGAGAGAGCGAGCGAGGCUGAAAGAUGGCGGCGAACAGUCGGAACCUGAAACAAGUGCGGAUCGAAAACAACUCCCCGGCGGCACCGCUCGGCAUGGUGGGGGGCGGCGGCGGCGGCCUGAAGGGGAUGCGGGGCCUGGAUGCGGACAGCGAGGUAUCGGCAGCGGCCAUGGCGCUGGGCAAAGAGGCUGGCGAGGAGGAGCAGGAGGUCGGGUUCACCAUCGACAUCAAGAGCUUCCUGAAGCCCGGCGAGAAGAGCUACACGCAGCGCUGCCGCCUCUUCGUGGGGAACCUGCCCACCGACAUCACCGAGGAGGACUUUAAGCGCCUGUUCGAGCGCUACGGGGAGCCCAGCGAGGUCUUUAUCAACCGCGACCGCGGCUUCGGCUUCAUCCGCCUGGAAUCUAGAACACUGGCUGAAAUAGCAAAGGCAGAACUUGAUGGUACUAUUUUGAAGAGUAGACCACUUCGAAUUCGAUUUGCUACACAUGGAGCUGCUUUAACAAUCAAGAAUCUUUCACCUGUGGUUUCCAAUGAGCUUCUGGAACAAGCUUUUUCUCAGUUUGGUCCAGUGGAGAGAGCUGUUGUUGUAGUAGAUGACCGUGGCAGAGCUACAGGAAAAGGUUUUGUAGAGUUUGCAGCAAAACCUCCGGCAAGGAAGGCUCUAGAGAGAUGUGGUGAUGGGGCAUUCUUACUGACAACAACACCUCGACCUGUUGUUGUAGAGCCUAUGGAACAAUUUGAUGAUGAAGAUGGGCUACCAGAGAAAUUAAUGCAAAAAACACAACAAUAUCAUAAGUAACCCCCACGUUUUGCUCAGCCUGGAACAUUUGAAUUUGAGUAUGCUUCCCGAUGGAAAGCUCUUGAUGAGAUGGAGAAGCAGCAGCGAGAGCAGGUUGAUAGAAACAUUAGAGAAGCCAAAGAGAAACUAGAGGCGGAAAUGGAAGCAGCUAGACAUGAACAUCAGUUAAUGCUGAUGAGGCAAGAUCUCAUGAGGCGCCAGGAAGAACUAAGACGUUUGGAAGAACUUAGAAAUCAAGAGCUACAGAAACGCAAGCAAAUACAAUUGAGACACGAAGAAGAACAUCGACGUCGUGAAGAAGAGAUGCUACGCCAGAGAGAACAGGAAGAACUGAGACGACAGCAGGAAGGCGGAUUUAAGCCAAAUUUCAUGGACAAUAGAGAACAGGAAAUGAGAAUGGGUGAUAUGGGUCCUCGUGGAGCAAUAAACAUGGGAGAUGCGUUUAGCCCAGCACCUGCUGGUAACCAAGGUCCUCCUCCAAUGAUGGGUAUGAAUAUGAACAACAGAGGAACUUUACCUGGCCCUGCAUUGGGUCCUGGUCCUUCCAUGGGGCCAGAAGGAGCUGCAAAUAUGGGAACACCAAUGAUGCCAGAUAAUGGAGCGGUGCAUAAUGAGAGAUUCCCUCAAGGAGGCCCAUCACAGAUGGGUUCACCCAUGGUUAGUAGAACAGGCUCCGAAACUCCUCAGCCGCCAAUGAGUGGUGUAGCUGCCGUGAGUGGUGGACCUGGUGGCUUUGGUAGAGGAAAUCCAGGGGGCAACUUUGAAGGACCUAACAAACGUCGCAGAUAUUAAAACUUUUUCAUUCCUUAUUGUUUAGAAAAUUCAGUGCAAAUAUCCAGUGGUAUGCCUUUAUAAUUUUUAGCUGUUAUCUGGAAAGCAGUUUUACUGUUAAUGUAGUCUUUAAAACAAUUUCUUUUGUAAUUCCUAAACUUUUUUGUAUUCCAUCUUAGGCUUUGUAGUGUAGAACAGAAAUGAUGUGCAUCAUUAUGUAAGUCAAAUGUGUUUGUGACUUCGGCAAAAUAUCAAUGUGUGACCAUGCUGUAAAACUUGUGCAGUUAUUUGAUCACAAUAAAAUAUAAAACAAAUUACUUAAGGAUUUUGGAAAUGUUAUUACAAUACUGAUGAGGAAUUUUAAGUUUAACUUGUAAACAGCUUCAUUUUCUUUCAUCUAAUUACUUAGGAAUUACCACAUUAAGUGUGAAGAAAAUUCUAUACUUAAUUAGCUAAAAAUGUGUGCAAAUAGACCUGCAAGUUUUAGUAAUUGUCAUGAUACUUGUUAUAACAAGUGAUUGAAGCUAAUGCAACUUUUGAAUGGUAUCCCAGAGCUCUUAAUGAUCUGUAAACACACUGUUAACUAUUUCUAACCUUCUUGUAUGAACUUAGUCAUAAUAGGAUUGUCCACAAAAUAUGUUUUGUGUUGAAUUUUUUCAAAUAAAUAUUUUGAACCUUGGAAAAUAA